CUAUUCUCAUACUUUCUGUACUAUUGUCAAGUAGGCAUUGACAUUUGAUUUGUUGAUUAAUUCGCCAAUUGUCCCGACAAUCACAUAGAAAUCGGAAAAGAAAAAAUUGGAAAUAUAAAAACCUCCCAUAAGCAUAAGAAAACAAAGGCUAGACAAAACAAUGUGGCAAGCUUCUGCAGAACGAAAGAUCAUGGAAUAUCUUCGAAAAAGACCAGAAACUUCGACUAACAUGGAAAAGGAAAUUUCUUCGGUGGGGAAUAAAAAGAAAUUCUUCUGUAAUAAGUCAAUACAGGAAAAUAUUCGCAUGACCGUGAAGGUAAACUGCGAUGAGGUGUUCUGUAGCCACAGUUGCAUGAUGAAGGCCAUUCGAGAGCAAAAGGCCAAGGUGGUCAUCGUCGCCACCAAGACGCCGCCCUCGCAGAAAGCCGAGAUUGAGCAUUUCGCCAAAGUGGCCAAGUGUCAAAUCAUUUACUACGGCGGCAGAUUUAUUGAGUGCGCGAACUCGUGCGGGAAAGUCUUCCUCUUUUGUACAGUGGCCAUAAGCACUCAGAAAGAUGCGGCCAUCAUCCGUUCGUUGUCGGAAAAGUUGGUGGCUGGCAUUGCUCUGUUUUUGGAUGGCAAAGACGUAACAAAUUAAAUCGGCUGUCAAAAUCCUCUCCCAAAUACAUCAAAAAAUAAAAUCAGAGGAUAUUUACGUAUGUGAAA